AUGUGGCUUAGAGACAGAGGGCUUCGACAGUUGAAUCUUGGCAUCUGUCUCAUGUUCUCGACCUCGGCUGCAAAUGGAUUCAACGGCGGUUUGAUCAACGGUUUACUUGUUCUCCCACAUUUUGCCGUUUUCACACAGGACUUAAGCCCCUCAAUGCUGGGGCUUGUGAUCGCUGCAGGCAGCUUUGGAAGCUCAGUGUCUUUUAUACCGGCGUCUUAUAUCGCCGAUCUCUUUGGUCGAAAGUUCUGCGUGGGACUCGGGUCUAUCAUUCUCAUCACAGCAGCUGUAAUACAAGGCGCAGUUCCGAGCAUAUGGGUACUCAUGAGCACAAGAGUUCUGGCCGGAAUAGGUGUGGGAACUGGCACUAUCGCGGCGCCCUUGCUCGUCACAGAAAUAGCCCACCCGCGAAUGCGACAAACUGUGACCGCAUUGUACAGCUCCACCUGGUAUUUAGGAGCGAUUUCCUCCGGAGUUGUCACAGUGUCGACAUUGAGCAUGCAAAAUGAUUGGUCGUGGAGACUACCCUGCCUUUUGCAGUUGAUUUAUCCUGCCUUCCAACUAUUGGGGUUGUUGUGCGUCCCCGAGAGUCCCAGGUGGCUGGUGUCAGCUGGCAGGAAAGCUGAGGCCCUUGAAAUUCUGAUCAAGUAUCAUGCGAAUGGGGUCGACGGGGACAGGGAUGUUGAACAUGAGUUCGAACAAAUGUGCACAUUGAUUCCAUUGGAAAAGAGCUCGAAUAAAGGGGGCUGGAAAAAGUUUCUAUCUUCGCGAGGAUAUAUCCACAUAUUGGGUAUAUGUAUUUUGGUUGGCAUAAUGGAAGAAUGGGCCGGAAAUGGAAUCAUAUCAUAUUAUCUUGCCGCAAUACUUGAUUCCAUUGGAGUCAAGAAUACUUUGGAUCAAGCCUCCUUGAACCUCGGACUUCAGAUAUGGAAUCUCUUGCUUUCUGGGGUGGGAGCCUUGGCAUCGGAGAGAUACGGCCGCCGAAUGUUAUGGCUUCUUUCCACGAUUUUUAUGCUAGUAUCCAUGGCUGUGGUGGCAACCUUGACGGGUCUUUACGCAGAAAACGGCAUAUCAUCUGCUGGAGUUGCCGUCAUCCCGACGCUAUUUCUCUUUUUUGCUGCAUACGACAUUUCUUAUGCAGCACUGUUUUUCGCAUAUCCGGUUGAGAUCCUUCCAUUUGAAUUACGAGCAAAAGGUCUGGCUAGAUCCACGCAAUUCCAUGGCGUACAUCAGGGACGCAACCAGAACAAAAGCACCGGCACACGCACCACUUCAAAGGAGUCCAAUAACCACAUCACCAUAAAUUUGAGCGUCCAAGUCAAGGCGGACCUUGGCGUGAAGGUUGAGGUGAACUUUGAUCUUCAAGGCGCCCUUCUCAUCCGGAUCGUUGAGCAACUUUCCGGGCAUCUGAAGGCCGGCGCUGGAGAUGGUACCCUCACCACCGUGAACGAGCGCGCCACCUCGAGUGGCGCCGUUGGUGUCAUCGUCCGACUUGCCGCGGCGGCCGCCGACGGGGCGAGACUCAGAAGGAAUGCUAAUUGA